AUGCCAUCAUCGAAGCCGAAACCAUCAGAUGUUGCUGCUGACGCCAAGAAGACUUAUAUCCCCCAUAUCAAGGCGAACUACAGCGCUGAAUGGCCGGCCACUUCCUACUUGUGCUAUUCGGAGUCUAUGGUAGCAACUCCCCCAAAGAUUCCACUAAAGUGCCGAUUCGCCUUCUACGAACGGGAUCCAGUAGACGUAGCUCUAGAUUGGGCAGAUCCCGCUGAUAAUCAUCCUAUUCCUGUCAUUAUGCCAGCCAAUGAAAAGCGACCGGGGGGUGACUGGGAGGCUAGUGUCAUGUCGCCAGAAGAGUGUCUCUGCCGUCGGAGUAAUCUAUAUGCGACCCUGACCACACCGGCAUCGGGGAACGCGGAAAAAAGCAAUUACCCGAUUCCUCCCAAAGCAGGAAUUUACUCGGCAAAUGUUGUUGUUUUCCGAAAUGGCCCCGAUCGAUAUGAGCAUUGGCCACGGUAUCGCUCCCUUCCCAUCAUCUCUGUCUGUCCCGUGAAACGCCCCAAACUUGACAGCUCUGGGAAAAAAUACUCCUUCAAGCAAGAAAAAGAUCUGAUGAGAGAAAAAAUUCACGCAGCCCUACGAAUAGCUGUGUGGUAUAAGCACACGCGUCUCUGCAUCGGAACCUUUGGACUGGGCACCGGAUUCAGGAACCCGACCGAAGAAGUUGCCCUGUUAUGGAGAGAUGCACUCCUAAAUACCCCUGAAUUUAUGGGUCACUUCCAGGAUAUUGUCUUUGCCUUUGAAGCCUCAGACGGUCCAACGAAUACGAGUUCGACCUUUACUACGCGCGUUGGAUCGACAAAAUCUUCCAAAGGUGUAAAAACGGCUCUAUCAAAGAGUAGUGUCGCAGCUGAUCUUGCCAUAUUCCGGCAUGUCUUUAAGCCGGCAGUCAUUCAUAAUGCUUUUAACCAACCCCUUGAUACAUGA